AUGCGCAUGCCAACGUACCUGCGCAUGCCGCCGUACCUGCGCAUGCCACCAUACCUGCGCAUCACACCGUACCUGCGCAUGCCACCGUACCUGCGCAUGCCACUUUACCUGCACGUGCCACACUACCUACGCAUGCCACAAUACCUGCGCAUGCCGCCGUACCUGCGAAUGCCACCGUACCUGCGAAUGCCACCGUACUUGCGCAUGCCACGGUACCUGCGCAUGCCACGGUACCUGCGCAUGCCACCGUACCUGCAAAUGCCACUGUAUUUGCGCAUGUCACUGUACCUACGCAUGCCACCGUACCUGCGCAUGCCACCGUACCUGUGCAUGCCACCGUACCUGCGCAUGCCAUCGUACCUGCGCAUGACAUCGUACCUGCGCAUGCCAACGUACCUGCACAUGCCACCGUACCUGCGCAUGCCACCAUACCUGUGCAUGCCACCUUACCUGCGCAUGCCACCAUACCUGCGCAUGCCACCAUACAUGUGCAUGAAACUGGGGAGCCCCCCUCCUCUCCACCAAGCGCAGCACCCGCAGGGCGCGGAGUUGGGAGGGAGGGAGGCGUCAGGGGGCAGGUGGAGGGGCGGGCCAUUGAAGGUUGGAGGGGGAGGGUGGGCCGUCAAAGGCGUUAAAGAGGGAGGGCGGCGGGCGGAAGGAGGGUUCUCUUAG